GGAAUUCCCUCUACCGCGCAUGCGCCGGAGGUAGUCUCCUGGAGCAAGAUGGCGGCAGGGAGGCUGGUUGAGGAGUAGCAAGGAGGCGAGGGGGGCGGAGACGGGGCCAGGUAGGAGAAGGGAGCCUCCUGCGCCCCGGAUGAGUGGGCCCUCGCCGCCGCCGCCGCCGCCUCCCUCUUCCCUGGUGGGGCAGCCACCCCCGAACACAGGCUGCCACGGAGAGAGAGGCAAGGUCCGGGGAGCAGAGCAGCAGGAGGAGGAGGAAGAGAAGGAGGAGGAGGAGGAGGAGGGCAGAUGCCACACUGUAUGGAGGCAGGGGGAAUCUAAGUUUUCUUGGUCCUGGGGUAGCCCAGAAUGGCUGCAGUGUCAUAUGAUCAGUUGUUAAAACAAGUAGAAGCAUUAAAAAUGGAGAACUCAAAUCUUCGACAAGAACUGGAAGAUAAUUCAAAUCAUCUUACAAAACUGGAAACUGAAGCAUCUAAUAUGAAGGAGGUGCUGAAGCAGCUGCAAGGAAGUAUUGAAGAUGAGGCAAUGGCGUCUUCUGGUCAGAUAGAUUUGCUGGAACGUCUUAAAGAACUAAACUUGGACAGCAAUAAUUUUCCUGGAGUGAAGUUAAGGCCAAAGCUAUCUAUGCGUUCAUGUGGAAGCAGGGAAGGAUCGGUCUCUAGUCGAUCAGGAGAAUGCAGUCCUGUUCCCAUGGGAUCAUAUCCCAGAAGAGGCUUUAUGAAUGGAAGCAGAGAGAGCACUGGUUAUUUAGAAGAAUUAGAGAAAGAGAGAUCUCUCUUGCUUGCUGAGCUUGAAAAGGAAGAAAAAGAAAAAGACUGGUAUUAUGCACAACUUCAGAAUCUGACUAAGAGGAUAGAUAGCCUGCCUCUUACUGAAAAUUUCUCCUUGCAGACAGACAUGACUAGAAGACAACUGGAAUAUGAGGCAAGGCAGAUUAGAGCUGCCAUGGAAGAACAGCUUGGUACUUGCCAGGAUAUGGAGAAGAGGGCCCAGGUGAGAGUAAGUAGAAUUCAACAAAUUGAGAAAGAUAUUCUGCGUAUAAGGCAGCUCCUGCAGUCCCAGGUUGCUGAAGCAGAGAGGACACCUCCAAGCAAGCAUGAUGCAGGCUCGCAUGAAGCUGAGAGGCAAAAUGAAGGUCAAGGAGCAGCAGAAAUCAGUGUGGCAACUGCUGGCAGUAGCCAGGGUUCAGCUUCUCGGAUGGACCAUGAGACAUCGAGUGUUAUGAGUUCUAACAGUAGUUAUUCUGUUCCUCGAAGAUUGACAAGCCACCUGGGUACCAAGGUUGAAAUGGUGUAUUCAUUGUUGUCAAUGCUGGGUACACAUGAUAAAGAUGACAUGUCACGAACUUUGCUGGCCAUGUCUAGCUCCCAAGACAGCUGUAUAGCUAUGCGUCAGUCUGGAUGUCUUCCCCUCCUCAUCCAACUUCUACAUGGCAAUGAUAAAGACUCUGUGUUGUUGGGAAACUCCCGGGGCAGUAAAGAAGCCCGUGCCAGAGCCAGUGCAGCACUGCAUAACAUCAUUCACUCCCAGCCUGAUGAUAAGCGAGGCCGGCGUGAAAUUCGUGUCCUCCAUCUUUUAGAACAAAUCCGAGCUUACUGUGAAACAUGUUGGGAAUGGCAGGAAGCACAUGAUCAGGGCAUGGAUCAAGACAAAAAUCCAAUGCCAGCUCCAGUUGACCAUCAGAUCUGUCCUGCAGUAUGUGUUCUAAUGAAGCUUUCAUUUGAUGAAGAGCAUAGGCAUGCAAUGAAUGAACUUGGGGGAUUGCAAGCCAUUGCAGAACUGCUUCAGGUAGAUUGUGAAAUGUAUGGGCUAACAAAUGAUCACUAUAGUGUCACAUUAAGACGAUAUGCUGGAAUGGCUCUGACAAAUUUAACCUUUGGAGAUGUAGCCAAUAAGGCUACAUUGUGUUCUAUGAAGGGCUGCAUGAGGGCUCUUGUAGCCCAGUUAAAAUCUGAAAGUGAAGAUUUGCAACAGGUCAUUGCAAGUGUUUUGAGAAACUUAUCCUGGAGAGCAGAUGUCAACAGUAAGAAGACAUUGCGUGAAGUUGGAAGUGUAAAAGCCUUGAUGGAGUGUGCUUUGGAAGUCAAAAAGGAAUCUACCCUAAAAAGUGUACUGAGUGCCUUAUGGAAUUUGUCAGCUCAUUGCACUGAAAAUAAAGCUGAUAUCUGUGCUGUGGAUGGCGCUCUUGCCUUUUUAGUUGGCACACUCAUUUACCGGAGCCAAACAAAUACUUUAGCCAUCAUUGAAAGUGGAGGAGGAAUACUACGUAAUGUCUCUAGCUUGAUUGCUACAAAUGAGGACCACAGGCAAAUUCUAAGAGAGAACAGUUGUUUGCAAACACUGUUACAUCACUUGAAGUCUCACAGUUUGACAAUAGUCAGUAAUGCAUGUGGAACUCUGUGGAACCUCUCUGCACGGAAUGCAAAGGACCAGGAAGCUUUAUGGGAUAUGGGCGCAGUUAGCAUGCUCAAAAAUCUUAUACAUUCAAAGCACAAGAUGAUAGCUAUGGGCAGUGCUGCAGCUCUAAGAAACCUAAUGGCAAACAGACCUGCAAAAUAUAAAGAUGCUAACAUCAUGUCCCCAGGCUCAAGCUUACCAUCUCUUCAUGUCAGAAAGCAAAAAGCACUGGAAGCAGAGUUAGAUGCUCAACAUUUAUCUGAGACUUUUGACAAUAUUGAUAACUUAAGUCCCAAAACAUCUCACCGCAAUAAGCAAAGACACAAACAGAAUCUGUACAGUGAGUAUGUCUUGGAUGGUAGUAGACAUGAAGAGGGAGUUUGCAGGUCAGAAAAUUUUAACAGUGGUAAUGUGCUUUCACCAUAUUUAAACACACCAGUGUUGCCUGGCUCUUCCUCAAAUAGAGGAAAUGCAGAGAGUUCUCGGUCAGAAAAGGACAGGAAUUUGGAUCGAGAGCGUGCUGUUGGAUUAAGCAAUUACCAUUCAGCAACAGAAAAUUCUGGGAGCUCUUCUAAACGAAUAGGAAUGCAGAUCUCUACUGCUGCAGCCCAGAUUUCCAAAGUCAUGGAAGAAGUGACAAGUAUGCAUAUUCCACCAGAAGACAGAAGCAAUGGCUCCGUAACUGAAAUGCACUGUUUGUCAGAAGACAGGAGCGCUUUAAGAAGAACAUCUGCUGCCCAUCCUCACAUAAAUGCUUACAACUUCCCAAAAUCUGAAAAUAGAACAUGCUCUGUACCUUAUGCAAAAAUGGAGUAUAAGAGAGCUUCUAACGAUAGCUUGAACAGUGUCAGUAGCAGUGAUGGGUAUGGUAAAAGAGGACAAAUGAAGCCUAUUGAAUCAUACUCAGAAGAUGAAGAAAGUAAAUUUUGCAGUUAUGGACAAUAUCCUGCUGACUUAGCCCAUAAAAUACAUAGUGCUAAUCAUAUGGAUGACAAUGAUGGAGAACUGGACACUCCAAUAAAUUAUAGCCUAAAGUACUCUGAUGAACAGUUAAAUUCUGGAAGGCAGAGCCCAUCACAGAAUGAAAGAUGGGCAAGACCCAAAGACAUAAUAGAGGAAGAAAUAAAGCAGAAUGAGCAACGACAGUCCAGAAGUCAAAGUGGAACGUAUCCUGUGUAUACUGAGAGUGGUGACAAUAAACAUAUGAGCUACCAGUCAGCUUAUGGGCAACCUGAGUGUGUGUCUCCUUUCAGAUCCAGAGAUUCCAGCACUUCAGAACAAAACAGAACAGGCUGCAGCCAUGGAAUAAAUCAAAAAGUGAACCAGUCUUUACGUCAAGUUGAUGAUUAUGAGGAUGAUAAGCCAACUAAUUAUAGUGAGCGUUACUCUGAGGAGGAGCAACAUGAAGAAGAUCAUCCAACCAAUUAUAGCAUAAAGUACAAUGAAGAGGAGGACCAUGUAGAUCAACCUAUUGAUUACAGUCUCAAAUACUCUACUGAUGUUCCUUCCUCUGCACAAAAGCCAUCUUUUUCUUUUUCAAAAAGUCCAUCUGUGCAGAGUUCCAAAACAGACCAUAUUUCAUCAGGCAGUGGAAAUACAUCAACUUCUGCUGGCUCAAAGAGACAUAACCAGCUCCAUCCAAAUUCUGCUCAGGGAAGAACAGGUCACACUCAGAAGACAGCAUCCUGCAAAGCACCCUCCAUCAACCAGGAAACAAUGCAAACCUAUUGUGUGGAAGAUACACCAAUAUGUUUUUCAAGAUGUAGUUCUCUGUCUUCUUUGUCAUCAGCUGAAGAUGAAACAGGACGUGAUCAAGCCACACGUGCAGCAGAUACUGAUAAUUCUUUAAAGAUAGGGGGAAUGAAAGAAAAUAGUGGAAAUCUGUCUACAGCAGGUACAGUAAAUGAAACUGCAUCUGCCACUCAGCACAUUAGAACAAAAUCAAAUAGACUCCAGGCUUCUAGUUUAUCUCCUUCUGAUUCAGCAAGACAUAAAAGUGUUGAGUUUUCUUCAGGUGCCAAAUCUCCUUCAAAAAGUGGUGCUCAGACCCCCAAGAGCCCACCAGAGCAUUAUGUGCAGGAGACACCACUCAUGUUUAGCAGGUGUACCUCUGUGAGUUCCUUGGACAGUUUUGAGAGCCGUUCAAUUGCUAGUUCAGUUCAAAGUGAGCCUUGCAGUGGGAUGGUAAGUGGUAUUAUAAGUCCAAGUGACCUUCCAGAUAGUCCUGGGCAAACAAUGCCACCAAGCAGAAAUAAAACCCCACCACCCGCACCAGUGACACAAGUAAAGCGAGAAGCAGCUAAAGCUAAAGUACCCACUAGUGAAAAAAGAGAAUCUGGACCAAGGCAAGCAGCUGUAAAUACAGCUGUUCAAAGAGUGCAGGUAUUUCAAGAUCCAGAUACUUUGUUACAUUUUGCUACAGAAAGCACACCAGAUGGGUUUUCUUGUUCAUCAAGCCUAAGUGCUUUGAGUCUUGAUGAACCAUUUAUACAGAAAGACGUAGAGUUGAAAAUAAUGCCCCCUGUUCAUGAAAAUGACCAUGGGAAUGAAGCAGAACUUGAACAGCCAAAUGAUACAAAGGAGAAACAAGAAAAGAAUACAGAAAAUCCCACUGAAACUGAAAAAGAUAUACUGGAUGAUUCUGAUGAAGAUGAUAUUGAAAUAUUAGAGGAAUGUAUUAUUUCUGCUAUGCCAACAAAAUCUUCACGUAAAGCCAAAAAGCCCUCACAGACAACUGCUUCAAAAAUACCUCCACCUGUAGCUAGGAAGCCAAGUCAGCUUCCUGUAUAUAAACUUAUCCCUUCUCAAAACCGGUUACAUCCUCAGAAGCAUGUCAGUUUUACACCUGGAGAUGAUAUGCCACGUGUGUAUUGUGUUGAGGGCACCCCAAUAAAUUUUUCAACAGCAACUUCUCUGAGCGAUCUCACAAUAGAAUCACCACCAAAUGAAUUGGCCAAUGCAGAGCCUUCUGGCACAGGGCUGGAAUCAGCUGAAUUUGAAAAAAGGGAUACCAUUCCAACAGAAGGCCGAAAUACUGAUGAUGCUCAUAGAGGGAAAAAUUCAACAGGGACUACUGUUGGGUUGAAUGAUGACAAAACAGAAGAAGGUGAUGAUAUUCUUGCUGAAUGUAUUAAUUCUGCUAUGCCAAAAGGAAAAAGCCACAAGCCAUUCAGAGUGAAAAAGAUAAUGGAUCAGAUCCAGCAAGCAUCUACACCAUCGCCAGUAAGUAAUAAGAAUCAGCUGGAAGUUGAGAAAAAGAAACCAACAUCACCAGUAAAACCCAUGCCCCAAAGUAAUGAAUACAGAGCCCGUUUACGAAAAAACACAGAGCCAAAAAGUAAUUUUAAUAGUGAAAGGACCUAUACAGACAACAAAGACACAAAGAAACAAAGCCUUAAGAACCACUCGAGAGACUUUAAUGAUAAACCUCCAAAUAAUGAAGAGCGUACAAGAGGAAGUUUUGCAUUUGAUUCUCCCCACCAUUACACUCCAAUUGAGGGGACUCCAUAUUGCUUUUCACGAAAUGACUCCCUGAGUUCUCUAGAUUUUGAUGAUGAUGUUGAUCUUUCAAGGGAAAAGGCAGAACUGAGGAAGGGAAAAGAAAGUGAAAUUAAAUCAAGUGCCAAUACAGAACAAAUUUCAAAUCAGCAGUCAGCCAGUAGAACACAAGCUUGCCAAAAACAUACACCAGCAGCGAGAAAUCAACCCAAGACUCUGGUGCAGAAACAAACGCCUUUCACUCAAUCAUCCAAAGAUAUAGCAGAUAGAAUUGCAGCUACUGAUGAGAAAAUGCAAAAUUUUGCAAUAGAAAAUACUCCAGUUUGUUUCUCUCGUAAUUCUUCUCUGAGUUCUCUGAGUGACAUUGAUCAAGAAAACAACAACAACAAAGAAAGUGAACCUGUACAACAAAUGGAACCACCUGAUACACAGAUAGGAUCAAAUAGACCACAAGUUUCUGGUUAUGCUCCUAAGUCCUUUCAUGUUGAAGAUACUCCUGUAUGUUUUUCAAGAAACAGUUCCCUUAGUUCUCUUAGUAUCGACUCAGAAGAUGAUCUUUUGCAGGAAUGUAUUAGUUCUGCCAUGCCUAAAAAGAAAAAGCCUUCAAGAGCAAAAGGGGACAGUGAAAAAAAUAGUUGCAGAAACAUGGGAGGCAUUUUGGCAGAAGACUUGACACUAGAUUUGAAAGAUGUACAAAGGCCUGAUUCAGAGCAUGGUUUCUCACCAGAUUCAGAGAACUUUGACUGGAAAGCUAUUCAGGAAGGUGCCAAUUCAAUAGUUAGCAGUUUACAUCAAGCUGCUGCAGCAGCAUCACUAUCUAGGCAAGCUUCUUCAGACUCAGAUUCAAUCCUUUCAUUAAAAUCUGGAAUUUCCUUAGGUUCACCUUUCCAUCUUACACCAGACCAAGAAGAAAAACCAUUUACUAGUAAUAAGGGCCCAAGAAUCAUUAAGCCUGGAGAGAAAACUACAUUAGAAACUAAGAAAGUGGAAUCUGAAAAUAAAGGCAUCAAAGGGGGCAAGAAAGUUUAUAAAAGUUUGAUUACAGGUAAAGCUCGUUCUAAUUCAGAACUGACAAGUCACCUGAAACAGCCAUUGCAAACAAAUAUGCCUUCAAUUUCCCGGGGCAGGACAAUGAUUCAUAUUCCUGGAGUUCGAAAUAGUUCUUCAAGUACAAGUCCAGUUUCUAAAAAGGGGCCACAGCUAAAGAGUACAGCUUCCAAAAGUCCUAAUGACACCCCAGGUUCUACUAAUUCUCCCAGAGUAACCAAACCAUCUGUGAAAUCAGAGCCAAGCCCUAUAUCUAGACAGCCAUCUCAACAGGGUGGAUCAAGUAAAGGACCUUCAAGGUCUGGAUCUAGAGAUUCUACACCUUCUAGACCACAACAGCAACCCUUAUCCAGACCUCUGCAGUCACCUGGUCGAAAUUCAAUUUCACCAGGCAGAAAUGGUAUAAGUCCUCCUAAUAAACUUUCCCAGCUGCCAAGAACAUCAUCUCCAAGUACAGCUUCCACCAAAUCCUCAGGUUCAGGAAGAAUGGCAUACACGUCACCUGGCAGACAAAUGAGCCAGCAAACUGUAGCAAAACAAACAGGGCUGCCUAAAAGUACCAGUGGUAUUCCUAGAAGUGAAUCUGCCUCAAAAGGAUUAAACCAAAUUUCUGGUAUCAGCGGAACAAGCAAAAAGGCUGACUUAUCUAGAAUGUCAUCAGCAAAGUCAAGUGGAAGUGAAUCUGACAGAUCAGAGAGACCUGUUUUAGUACGCCAGUCAACUUUUAUUAAAGAAACUCCAAGCCCCACUCUAAGAAGGAAAUUAGAAGAGUCUGCUUCAUUUGAAUCUUUGUCUCCUUCUAGACCUGACUCUCCUACCCAAUCCCAAUCACAGACCCCAAUUUUAAGUCCAUCACUUCCUGACAUGUCCUUACCUACUCAUUCAGCCAUUCAAACUAGUGGCUGGCGAAAAUUACCUCCUAAUCUGAGCCCUUCUUUAGAAUACAGUGAUGGGAGACCAACAAAACGUCAUGACAUAACUCGAUCUCACUCAGAGAGUCCUUCCAGACUGCCAAUUAAUAGAUCGGGGACAUGGAAGCGGGAGCACAGUAAACAUUCCUCAUCACUUCCUCGUGUCAGCACCUGGCGACGGACUGGAAGCUCCUCCUCAAUUCUUUCAGCUUCUUCAGAAUCCAGUGAAAAGGCAAAAAGUGAGGAUGAAAAGCAGUAUAUAAGUCCUUUUUCAGGACUCAAACAAGCGAAAGAGAUGCAAGCACCAACAAAAGGUACUUGGAGAAAGAUAAAAGAAAAUGAAAUUCCUCAGAUUAUGACAAGUCCUCCUGAGAAUAGCUCACCAGGUGCUGCUAAUGGUGCUGAUUCAAAAACUUUAAUUUAUCAGAUGGCACCUGCUGUCUCUAAAACAGAGGAUGUGUGGGUGAGGAUUGAGGACUGCCCUAUUAAUAAUCCCAGAUCUGGAAAAUCUCCCACAGGAAACACUCCCCCCAUUAUUGACAGUGUUUCAGAGAAAGGGAAUGUAAAUAGUAAAGAUUCUAAAGAUCUUCAUGGUAAACAAAAUGGAGGGAAUGGAAAUGUCCCUGUUCGCACCAUGAGUUUAGAAAACUGUCUGAAUUCAUUUGUUCAAGCAGAUAGUCCAGACAAGAAAGGAACUGAAACAAAACCUGUGCUAAGCAAUCCUAUCCCUCCCCCAGAGACUAGUGAAAGCACUGUUAAUGAACGUACACCAUUCAGUUCCAGCAGCUCAAGCAAACACAGUUCACCUAGUGGUGCUGUUGCAGCAAGAGUGACCCCUUUCAACUAUAAUCCAAGCCCCAGAAAAAGCAGUGUGGAUAAUAGUUCCGUUCGGCCAUCGCAGAUACCAACACCAGUAAAUAACAGUACAAAAAAAAGAGAUUCAAAGACUGAAAAUACAGAUUCAAAUGGUGCUCAGAGUCCCAAGCGCCAUUCUGGAUCCUAUCUGGUGACAUCUGUUUAACAAAAGAUUCUGAUAUGUUAUUCUAUAUGUGAAACUUUUUAAUGAAAAUAUACUUUUUUCCUCUUUUUGUAAAUAGGUUUGAUUCUUCUAGAGGGUCCUUGUUCUGGAAGCCAUAUUUGAUAUUCUUUAUUUUCACUUUAUUAUAUUGGAGGGAUUCCCAACUGAUAAUUUAGCAAUAAAAUUGCUAACGUGAUAUUUGUACAGUAUGUUUUACAUAUAUUUAAUUAACAUCCCAUACUUUUAAUUGUUUUGGUGGGGUGGGGAAAUUCAGAGAUGAACAACAGAGGUUAAAGAAAUAAUUCUAUCACUCAUUCCUAGAUUUGCAAAACGACUAAAGUGCAUCAGGGAGAAAUUGGUAUUUAUGCAAAAUAAAUAAAAGAUUCCAUUUUAGUAUUUGUGAAGCCACCAAACCUUAUAAUUAAUCAUGUGGCUGUGAAAUUCACAGUAAUAUGGUUUCUGCUGAACAAGCCUGUUUUUUCUGCAUGGAUAGAACUGAUGGUUCAUUUUCUGAAAUGAUGAUUAACAUUUCUGUGGUCACAUAAUGUGUAUAGAUAGUUAUGGUGUAAUGAUUACCUUUUGGUUUUGUGCUCUGGAAUAAGAAAAAAGGAAAUCUGUGUAUGUGCAAACCUUGAACAAAAUUAUUUUACCAGAACUAGAUUUUAACGGACAGUAGGUAGGUUUUUUGCUAUGCUGUAACUUGUUGUAUAUUCUGGUAUUUGAAGAUGGCUGCUCUUUUAUUAAUGAGACAUGGGCAAAGUCUCAGCAGAACUAAAUGAACAUUUCAGAAUAAAUUAUUGCUGUAUGUACAAUUUGUUGUGUGUUACUUUUGCAGUACAUAAAAUCAAUGUUUAAUUUUGAUAUUUUUGAGAAAUCCUCCUCGUAGGUAUAACUAAUGCACUUACUCAAAAGCUUUCGGGGAUAAUCUGUAUUCCAUUGAAGUCAAUAGAAAUAUUUACAUAUGAUUUUAAUGGCUCUGGAUUGCACCCACUGCCCAUUGCAGUCACACACACACUGGUUCUGUUCCAGUUUAUAUUAGCUGUUAAUAUUCUGCAUAACAGCUGCAGCGUUAGGAUAGAGCAUUGGGGUUUUCAGUUAAGAUUCUAAUUGGUUCUAAGAGAGAGAGGCUAAAAGAAGUACUUCCAUAUGUAUAUAUCUAUGACAAAAAGCAUAGUUUUCAUACUGCACAGCCUGGAGUGCUAUUUGCUGUACAAAUAAUACAUUUACUGUACUGGAAAAAAAAUCUGAGGGGAAGUUCAGAUUGGAAGUUUGAGUAUUUUUUCAUUUGUUUUCAUUUAAUAAAUUGGAUAAUAUACUUGACAUUAAUAUACUAAAUUCAAGUGUUUUAGUAGAAAUAUAAGAUUUGUACCUUAAGCUGCUCUGGAUAAACCAACUUUGGCGGGAUACACACCGCCAUAUAGUACGUAUUGUAUACGUACUAGGGUUAGGAAGGGGCGGUGCUUCCACACACCCCUAACCCUAGUACAUAUACAAUACGUACAAGAUGGCGCCGGCCCUUCUACAUGGCCGGCGCCAUCUUUACGUACUGGACACAUAGCGUCUAGACGUGUCGCGGCGCUAAUGACGUAGCGAAUGCGCCCUUGGCGCUUCGCUACGCCAUCUGUGCGCCGCAGAAAAAAGCUCCGAAAUGGAGCUUCUUUUUUGCUCCGCGCGGUUUGGAUGCUGCGACUCCCUCGCGGAGCAAAUGGCGCCGGCGGGGGAACGCCGCAAAGCGGCGGUUUGUAUCCCGCCUUUGUAUUUGCAUAUGCUUUGACUUUAGAGUCCUUCAUGAGACUGUUUACAACAGAAGUACUCUGCUAAACUUAAGUGCCUCUAUACAAAGAUAGUUACAUGCGUGUGCACAUGGUUAAUCAAAACAGUAAUAAGCAAGUCAAGCGUGUACUCUCGGGCUGGUUUUCAUUAUUACCAUUAUACAUGUAAUCAUUAGAUAGUAGGGUUCAGAAUCUACUCAUACAUGUCCUCAAAUAUGCCAGUUUAACGAAUAAUAAGCAGUGCUAAACAGUUGUUAAACUUGACAUUAGGUGGUGAUACCUUAUUCAAACAAUUCAAGUGCCCUGGUUUUUUCAUCGCACCUUGAUUUAGUGUUAUGAGUGCAAGACAGAAUGAGCCUUUGGUUCAUGUACUUCCCCUCUCCAUUCUGGUGAAACUACAAGGGGAAGACCAGAAGCUUCUGCUUCUGUUUUUAGAUUAACCACAGUUUGUGCCUAAACCCUAAAAAGGUUUAUUAUUAAUUAUCAUUAGUAACAGGUAGCCAACUUUGUAAACAAUUAUUUGAAAUUGGCUAGUUUUCACUGAACAUAAUUAAGAGUACCAGCAGCUUGGAUUCUGAUCUCUGUGUUUAGUCUAAACUGGAAGCAAAAGAUUUUGAAGGUCUUGUAGUCACACUGGAAGAGCAACUGGUGGUAGUAACAGACACCUUCUAGUGCUAAAUCAUGACAUUAUGUGUAAACACAGCAGUUCUGUCAUUGACUUCUUAAUAGCCCCUUUCCAAUUUUACUCACUGAAAUAAUACACAUCACAUAGAUAGGAUGAUAAAGCCAAUAAUGCUUUGAAAUACCAGUUUGCUAGAACAAAGUUCCAUAUGUAAUAGUCUUUAAAAUCCCUAUUUAACUAACACCUUUAAGGCAUGAAAACAAGUUAGCUUAACUGCAAGGUGUCUCACCAAAAGUAUGUGGUAAGAUAUCAAUGUUCCUGUUCUUGAUUCUCCAUCAAAAUGAUUAUACUUAUUUUUUCCUUGGGAUUUUUUACCUUUUAACCAGGCAUAUUUACUGGCAUGCCAUAUUGGUAGAAUAUCUUAUGGACAUGAACCCUGCCUAUCUGAUAUACAGUCCUUGUGAUACAUCUGUUCAUAAGUUUAAAUGUACUUCAUGUACACUAUCAUAUAUAGAUAAGUAAACAGCAUCAGUACUUGUUCAUCAGUAUGAUUCACUUCCAUUUCGUUGCCUCAGCUGUUAAAAAGAUCAUCAGGAGUACAGCUGAAGGAAAGGGUCACCCAGCAGAGUUGCAUGUGUCCUCAGCCACUGCUUUAACAGCAGCUUGAUGUCACCAAUGCUGUAAAAUUUGUACUUGCUGAUUACUGCUAUUUUUACUUCUACUGAACUUAAUCACUAGUUAAGCACCGCACAGUAUGGGCAAGACCAAGUCAAGAAAUUAAACAGCGUAGGUUUGGGUUUUUUUAAUCCACUGACUUUAAAAGCUUUUCUGCUUCCUUCCACUGGUCUGGUAAUAAGAAUUGUGUUCAUUGUAUUAAUUUUCUCUUUUAUUAUUUGUGAAUCAGUGUACAAACUGAGAGCUUUUCUUUUGUAACUUAACUAUGUCAUAUUGAAAUAAACUAAUGCUUUGACAACUCUGUGUUCAUGUAAACAAAGAAAAUAGCCCAGGAAAAACAAGAAAUGUAUUAAUUGUAAUGUUUCCCUUUCAUCUUUUUUUUUUUUUUUUUACAAGAAGCAUACUCUUUAGUUACAGUGUAUGUGACAUAUAGACAUAUUUAUUUUGAGGGUGUUACCAUAUCUGUAUUUUAAGCCUAUCAUUGCCCAUACUCUUCUUUUUUAAGAGUAUUAAUUGAAUUGUGAUCUUCAGUUUGUGUUGAUUAAAUAAUUUAUUGUUCAAAGUCAUGUACUUUAUCUUUUAUAAUAUGCUUUUUCAUAACCUGUAAACUGCCCAUUACAGCUCUUUAUGUACUGACAGUGUAAAAAUCGAGUAUUGUGCAUUUUUUAAAUCUCUCUGAUGGAUCAUAAUUUGGGAUAUGAGGUAGUCACUUUGAAACUAGUAUCACUGACUAUUAACAUUUUCCAAAAACUUAACAUAUUCUUUGUAUAUUUUUAAUGUGUAAAAGCAAACAAAAAAAUUAAAAUUUGAAAUGUUGUGUUUAA